UUAGCAACUGAUGAAGAGUAAGUCGCAUUUUAGUAUGCUCUCAUUUCUUUCUCAAAAUGUAAGUUGUGGAUGAUGUUGCAGUAAAGAAGCAGAGAAAGAACGAUACAGGGAGUACCGGAAGAAGAGUCUAUAUGGCGUUCGAAGCGACGGAUCGGCAAAAGCCUAUCGCGGAAAAAAGAAGGCGAAAGGGUUUGACCAGCACCAGAAAUCGUUCGUGUGCGAUUUUGAGGUCGUCGAAGGUGACAACAGGGAAUUGUGUGGCAGAUCCUACUGUUACGAAACGUCGCUAACCCGACAUCAGAAAAAGGAUCACUUGGGAACACCGGCAGAGUGAGUCUUUAGAGUUAUACACAAGUCAAUAUACACAUACACAUAAGUCGCAUUUAAAUUCAUAUUCCUCCCCCGUGUACUCAUAUUUAAUCUGCAAGACUUGUGUAUUCUUUUUGCAGACAAGCACUAUUAACAGCAAGACAGAAGGAGUACGCCAUCAAAAACAAUCGACCGAAACAAAUGGGUACAGUCGUCUCUUGUCAUAUUGGCACACUCCCCCGAUUGGAGAUCAAUUUGAUUGGGGACACAACUCGAAACAGAUCUGACGCAGAGAAGGAGUAUUUAAACACAACUGCAAGUGUCAUUGACAGGCAGACUCGGAAGCCGUAUUACUUCUACCACCUCAUCAUCCUGCCCCAACUUGCGGUUGAAGCAAUCGGCUGCCCUCUCGCCUACCUGUCGUCAAUCAAGGAUGACCCUUCGAAAAUAGUAUACGAAUACUUUGGAACUCAUUAUCAAAACCGACCGUGCCGGAUGCAUACAGACGCUCGAGAGUGCUACAAGUCAUCCGUAGCCCAUUUAAUGGCUGAAGAAACAGAAGAUGGUACCUCAAAGUAUGUCUGCUACUCAAUCCAGCACCCGGAUUUUGAAUUUACUAAUCAAACUUCCGUGGAAAACAAGAACGCGGCACUUUUGAAGGAAGCCUGGAAAUUGAUUGAGAUGGAUGGUCGUCGAAUGACCGGUUUAAACCAAGACAGGGUGCAGUGGAUUUCACUGAAUAAGAAGGGCGAAAUACAACAAGGGAUUGACGGUGGGAUGACGCUAGCAGAUGCAGCACGCUCGCUCUGGACUAUGGCAGAGCUCUAGUACCAUCAAUUUGUUUGGAGCCCAAAAGCUGCCAUGAAAAUCACAACCCAAACAACUUUCCCUACUUCCCCCUUGCUCAUUAUCAGGCCUCCAAUUUUGUCCACUUCACCCCCACUUUGCCAGCAAAGAAUUUGCAGAAGAAAGUUAGUAUUGAAAUCAGUCAGGUGGAUGGAGUGUGGGUUACAAUGUAAAUUGUCCUAUUUUCGACUAAAAUGUACUGGAGUUUUUAUAAUUGUUUUUGCUUUAUCGAUGAAUUUAUAUUUUUAAAAAAGGUUCAAUUAAAUAUUCGU